UCCAUUUUCUUAGGAUUCCGUGUUCGGACGAGAUCGCAGACGCAGACAACCAGCAGAAAUUAUGGCAAACCGUUUAAGGGUCGCGGAACUGAUGAGACAGCUCGCUAAUGCAGCGUGCAGAUGUCCCGCUCACUCGCAUUCUCACACGUAUCAUCAAGGCACUAAACAUGCGUGCGAGAGGACAACGGACUACGCUUUUGAGAUGGCCAGCUCCAACAUUCGAUACGGAGAGGGUGUGACCAGAGAGAUCGGAAUGGAUCUACAGAACAUGGGUGCUCGCAGCGUGUGUUUAAUGACAGACAAGAAUCUGUCACGCUUGCCUCCAGUAACUGCUGUGCUGGAUUCACUGGCCAAACAUGGAGUCAAAUACAAGUGUUUUGACGAUGUAAGAGUGGAACCCACUGACUCAAGUUUUCAGGCAGCAAUAGAUUUUGCCAAGAAGGAGGAGUUUGAUGUUUUUGUUGCUGUGGGUGGGGGUUCGGUGAUUGACACCUGUAAAGCAGCCAAUCUGUACUCCUGUUACCCUGAUGCUGAGUUCCUGGACUUUGUUAAUGCGCCGAUUGGUAAAGGAAAGCCAAUUACCAAGCAGCUCAAACCUCUGAUCGCUGUGCCCACUACUGCAGGGACAGGCAGUGAGACAACAGGUGUGGCCAUUUUUGACUUUGAGCACCUGAAGGCCAAAACUGGCAUAGCCAGCCGUGCAAUCAGACCGACUUUGGGGGUAGUGGAUCCUCUCCAUACUCUCCACAUGCCCCAGAGAGUGGCAGCCAACAGCGGCUUUGAUGUCCUCUGUCAUGCUCUGGAGUCCUACACUGCACUGCCGUACAAUCAACGCAGCCCCUGCCCCCCCAACCCCAUCAACCGCCCCGCCUACCAGGGCAGCAACCCAGUCAGUGACGUCUGGGCCAGGCACGCCCUCAAAAUCGUCGCCAAGUACAUGAAACGGGCAGUGCGGGACCCCGAGGACGUGGAGGCUCGAUCCAGUAUGCAUCUGGCCAGUGUGUUUGCUGGUAUUGGAUUUGGCAACGCAGGUGUACACUUAUGUCAUGGGAUGUCCUAUCCUAUAGCAGGGAAUGUCAAGACUCACAAAGCCAGGGGCUACAAUGUGGAUCAUCCUGUAGUGCCUCACGGUCUCUCAGUCGUCCUCACGUCUCCUGCCGUGUUUUCCUUCACCGCCAGCAUGUGCCCAGAACGACACCUGGAGGCUGCUGAGAUACUGGGUGCCAAUGUGUGUAAUGUGAAGAGAGAGGAUGCAGGUUUAGUUUUGGCAGAAACACUCAGGAAGUUUUUGUAUGACCUGGAAGUAGAAGAUGGUCUGUCUGCAAUUGGCUACACAAAAGAGGAUGUGCCCAGUCUGGUGAAAGGAACAAUUCCUCAGGAGAGGGUGACUAAACUCUCCCCCAGGACUCAUACUGAGGAGGAUCUGACUCACCUGUUUGAGGCUUCGAUGAAACUCUACUGAAGCCGCAAUGCAUGCACACACAUACACACACUAUCACACACACACACACACACUAUCACACACACACUAUCACACACACACACACA